UGUCAAAGCCUUCAUCCUCUAGCUCUAAGCAUCUUUGCUUGUUUGUUCGCCCAAAAAGCACACUCCCCAAGAACUUGCAGUUCCCUUCUGCUACUCCAAUUCCAGCAAACGAUCCAUUCUUCCUGUCAAAAUUAUAUAAAAGAUUAAAUCAAUUCCCUAAGUUUAGAAAUCCUCAAACUCGAUCCUUCUUCUUCUUAUUCUUCUUCUUCUUUCCAUAUUAAACACAGUAACAUCACGCUAAUAAUCUGCUACUACUUGCUGUUAUUUCUCUUUUACUUGGAAGGAUAAGGAUAGGAAGGGCCUCAUGAUGGAUGAAAUGUACGGUCUGAACUCAGCGGCGGAGUACUCGGACAACUACAAGGCGCUGAUGUCCCCGGACAAUCUGAUCCUACCCACAGCGGAUUACUACCAGGGUUUUCUCUCGUCGGCAGGAGCCCUCCGCGAUCAUCACCGGAUUCCGAUAUUCGGAUCCGACGAGCUGCUCUCGGCGGCCUCGGCUCUAUCGGAAGCCGCCUCCUUCACGCCCGAAAUUCAACGCGAGGAGGACAUGUCGAGCGUCAUCAAAGCCAGAAUCGCCUCCCAUCCUUGCUAUCCUCGCCUCCUUCAAGCUUACAUCGAUUGCCAAAAGGUAGGGGCGCCUCCGGAGAUAGCAAGUUUGCUCGAUGAAAUCCGGCGAGAAAACGACAUUUGUAAGCGCGACGUUGUUUCCACGUAUUUAGGAGCCGAUCCCGAGCUAGAUGAGUUCAUGGAAACCUACUGUGACAUGCUGGUCAAGUACAAAUCCGAUCUUUCUAGGCCGUUUGAUGAGGCUACCACGUUCUUGAACAAGAUCGAAACCCAGCUCAGCAAUCUCUGCACAGAUGAAGGUGCUGUGUCAUCAGAUGAGGAUUUUAGUGGAGGAGAGAUGGAGGUUCAGGAAGCUCAACUGAAGAGCGAAGAUCGAGAUCUUAAAGAUAGGCUUUUACGUAGGUUUGGCAAUCAUAUUGGUUCCUUAAAGCUGGAGUUUUCAAAGAAGAAAAAGAAAGGAAAGCUACCAAGAGAAGCGAGGCAAACAUUGCUUGAAUGGUGGAAUGCUCACUAUAAAUGGCCAUACCCAACGGAAGGAGAUAAGAUUGCGCUGGCUGAAUCAACAGGCCUAGAUCAGAAGCAAAUAAACAACUGGUUUAUAAAUCAAAGAAAGCGUCAUUGGAAACCAUCUGAGAAUAUGCAAUUUGCUGUUAUGGAUAAUCUUUCCGGACAAUUCUUUGCAGAUGACUGACGUACGUGCAUGCACAUAUAUAUAUACUCAAAUGUAUCUCCUGAUAAUUCGAUGCUUGUAUUGGUUCCAUGUAUAUUGUAAAAUGGAAACUUGACCGACAUUGAUAUAUUAAAUUUCCUAUCAAAAAGGAAAAAUAAUUGUAUUUUUCAUGUAGAUUUGGAAGUUGACCAACACCGAUAAUGUAAAUGCUU